UCAAUAAGGCAAAAGGUCAUAUCCUUAGCUGCAAAGAAAACAAAACCGCGUGUUAGAACAAUAACAACUCAUUCUUAACUCUUUGUGUAAAAUUAAGUUCACAAUCCAAAAUCCACCGAAAUCCCAUCAAACCAAUCUUUCUCAUUCUCAUCGUAAAUAUAAAUCAUCCCCUUGAUAAAAAAUCAACCAACCAACCAUGUCAGGAACAGAACCCCACCAAUCAUCUCCACAACCAAAACAAGAAGCUGAGCCUGAGUCUCAUAAUCCCACCACUCCUCCUUCGACCGAAGACGCCAAGAAAUGGGGAACCCACGUGAUGGGAGCACCAGCCUCCCCCGGCGUACACCCAGAUAAUAAAAAAGCCGCCUUGUGGAGCGCCGGCGACGACCAACAGGUGUACCAUCAACCGUACGUGCAGUAUGAUCCGAUCGAAAAGCCCAGCACCAACCCCUUUGAACCAGUGAUAAACAUCUUCAACUCUUGGAGCGCCAAGACCGAGACCAUUGCCCGCAACAUCUGGCACAACCUGAAAACUGGACCGUCGGUGUCGAAAGUUGCGUGGGGGAAGGUGAAUCUUACGGCGAAAGCGAUCACAGAAGGGGGAUUUGAGUCCCUGUUCAAGCAGAUAUUCGCAACUGAGCCGAAUGAGAAGCUUAAGAAGACCUUUGCUUGUUACCUUUCGACAUCCACUGGGCCUGUUGCUGGUACCCUUUAUCUAUCCACAGCUCGUUUGGCUUUCUGUAGUGAUAGGCCUCUGUUUUUCCAUGCUCCCUCGGGACAAGAAGCUUGGAGCUAUUACAAGGUUGUAAUACCAUUGGGGAACAUAGAAAAAGUGAACCCAGUGACGAUGAAGGAAAAUCUGCCAGAGAAAUAUAUUCAGGUUGUUACCUCAGAUGGGCAUGAUUUCUGGUUCAUGGGUUUUGUUAGUUUUGAAAAGGCAUCACAUCACAUCUUGAGCAGUGUUUCAGAUUUCAGGGCUGGAAAUUAUACAGGGCAGCCUGUUGCUUCUACUUGAAAUUGGAACUCUCUCAAUAUAUAUGCAAGAGUGUUGCUAUUUGUCAACUUGGAUGUCUAACAUCAUAUUAGUUGAUAUUCUAUAGCACUUUAGGAUGUUUCUUAGCAUUUCUCAUAUAUGUAUGUGUAUGUUUUCUAUAGCUAAAUUUGAUAUAGAUGUAUCUAUCGAUGUAAAAAAAUAAACGGAGUGUGAAGAAAGUAGUACAUUGACAUA